AUGUGGAUGCUGCUACUCCUCUUCGUCGCUCACUUGGCCUUUGCGUUUCCCGCCAACUGGAACGAGACGGUUUCUUGUCCUCGCGAUGCACUCUACUCUUCUCUUGUUGAAGAUGGUGGUGGGUUCUGCUCGAGUGUUUUGGAGGGAAACCACUGCGGUGCAGGUUAUAGUACUCCUGCUGAGUAUGUGCGGUAUAAUCAGACGCGGAUAGCUUCCUACUGCGGAUGUAUUAUUACGGGCUCAGAGGCUAUGACGACGUCGAGCAAACCAUAUGGAGUGACGACAAAGGACGAUUCGUUCACGGUUGAGUAUUCGGAUACGUGGACUACUGGGGAGGAAACAUCAGCAUCUGUGGGACAGCCUGCUUCAGGGACCUAUCCCGAUAUAAUGACAACUUCUGGAGUGUCUGAAACGACUUCCAGAUCAUGGAAUCAGACUCGAUCAGCUUUUACGUCCUCUAUCGGGACGACAAAGGAUGAUCUGACUACAGGUCCAUAUACCAACACAAGCAGUUCAAUCACGGAGACACUAGAAGAGUCCUCUUCAGAGUCUUCCAACUCAGGGAACAUCACCACUGGAUCUCCAACAAACACUCACAGUUUUAUUUCAGAACCAUCCCAGUUCCAGAACCAAACGUCUGGUAUACAACCUACCUCCCCUUUCACCCAACCUGGCAACCAGACCCAAUCUCGACAAUCUAGCACGGAUGUAACGCCUCAGCCUUCAAAUACGAAGUCCCGUGAACCUGGAAUGACGCUAUCUGGGACCACAAGCGGUUCACUGCCGUGGUCUAUUCCUGGAAACUCAACGUCGAGUCCUUCGGGGAGUGGUACACGUCCAACUGGACCAAUAUCCACAGGCUGGAAUUCGAGUUUGACUAUUCCGAGUAGCAGUCUUCCUGGAACAGGACUGCCUUUUCCAAGUGCACCAUUGCCGACAACUCCACUGACCACUAACUCUGGGAUCUCAUCGAGCUCCAGUGCUGGCCCAGGCUGGAAUGUCACCGUUUCUCCGCCGGCUGGCAAUGUAUCUGUGCCGAGCGUCAGUACACCCAGUGUGACACUUACGUCUUUUCCAACGUUGUCCCUGCCGACUACAUCGGCGCUCACAGAGUCUGAAGUUCUAUCGGGCGUCACUACGGCCUCGGGCUGGAAUAGCACUACGUCAAAGGGCAAUGGCACAACACCGACUCCCAGUCUAUCCAGCGAUACACUCAUUCCUCUUCCAAGUGUAACGCUUCCAACGACGCCGGUCACCACUACCUCCGGAACAUCGACUGGUGGCAGUGUACCUUCGGGUUGGAACAGCACGACUUUUGCUUCCAGAGGCAACGGCUCAGUGCCGACUUUCAGCAUACCGAGUAGUACGUUGAUGCCGCUCUCGACAUUGUCAUUGCCGAGUCAAUCAUCCUCAGUGGAAGCGACUCCAAGUAGUAGCUCUUCACCCAGCUGGAACAGUACUUCUUUGCCCUCCAGUGGUAAUGUUUCUGUACCAACUAUUAGCAUAUCUCAAUCCGAAACUUUCCUCCCGUUCCCUACUACGACUCUGUCGUCCUCGAGCCCGUCGUCUAUAGCAAGCACUGGGCGAAGCGAUAGUGUGGUGCCGAGUUGGAACAUCACUACUUCUCCGUCGGGUGGGAACGUCUCGGUGCCAACGAUCAGCAUCUCCCAGACUGGGACUCUCUUGCCAUUCCCAACACUAUCGCUUCCGAGUGAUUCUAUUUCUGUCACCUCUGAAAUGACAAGCUCGACGUCAGGUAUCACUGUAUCUCCCAGCUGGAAUGGUACCACCUCUCCGUCGGCAGGCAAUGCUUCCGUGCCAACAAUUAGUUUGACACAGUCAGGAAACUCUUUGCCUUUCCCGACCCUUCCAUCCUCGGUUAUGUCUUUACCGACAAUUUCUGAAAGCCCGUCCAUGCCAACUCAGAACGGAAGUGUUGUGCCUAGCUGGAACACUACAGCUGGUGUAUCAGAGACCGCUGGUUCUGACACAAUUACUGACUCCUCCGAGUCGAUAGUAUCUGCGUCUCUUCCAGCAGACUCUGAGCUAUCUCCCAGUGUUACUCAAAGUAGCAGUGUCGGGUCGAAUUUCACAUCGUCCAUUUCAGGUGCUGUCUCUCUACCAACAAUCAGUGUUCCAGCCUCGGAGAUCCCACCUAUUCCCAGUCUGCCUUUCCCGACAGACUCGCUCGAAGUUCCAACCAGUACCGAAAGCGAGAGUGCUGUUGCUGGCGGUAACACAACAGUCUCUGCGCCAGGGAGUACCGAAGCCGUUACAUCCUUCUCGAGUCCUGUGGCCACGGCUUCAACGCCUGGUAGUGGUUCCAACGGUUCUGAAUCUGGUAGUAACGCAACCUCCACUGGCGUUCCUGAAUUCCCCGCAGCCAACUUCACACAUGUCACACGCACCGCGGCCCUCUCCCAGGAGACGUGCUAUACUCUACCAGACGAUCCGGAGGGCGACACAACCCGCCGAGCGUUGUUGUUCAACUCCAGACUUCGGGAAGACAAUGUCUCGAUUCCUAUGCCAUAUAUAGAGUCUGUCGAGUUUGAAAGCGACGGCGUCAAUCCGCUGUAUCUCACAGUUCGCGAUGAAGAAGGCGGGACAUACUUUGUCGACAUCUCUCAUCGCGGGCGGCUUUCAGUCGUGGGUCCUGCUGGGUAUGUCGUGACACUUGACGCCAAGGGUAUGCACUUCUCGGGAAGUAACUGCACGUACGACGUGUCCAUCACAAUUGACGACAUGUACACUCAGAUAGCCGAGCUUGCUGGUGUACAAUGCGCUGCUCUCAGACGGCAGAAGCGUGCCAAUGAUAUGGACUUUAGCCAGGUUUUGUACUUGCAUGACCAAUGCGGCAAUGUUGUUGACAAGUCACUGAGACAGUAUCCUCAGCUUCUGGUAGGUGACACAGCCUGCGCAGACGUCGCCGUUGAUGGAGACACGGGACGCUGGGAUUUUGACUGUACUUUUCCUGGUUCUCAAUCUGGCCCGAUGAGAUGUCAGUGGGCUGUGAAGAAUAGCAUCAUCGACUUCAUCGCCAUCGAUCCAUUUGGUGGUUCCUGUCCUGACUUGUCUACCGUCGUCACCACGUUGGAAGAGUCGGGACAAGACAUUGUCGAUCCAUCACAGCUUCGACAGGACCUUGCCAACCAAGGUUUGCGGACUGAGAGAGCGAGGCAAGAGGCGGAUCAGGCUGUUGGUGCCUACACUCUUCUUUGGCAAGCUCUCGGAGCCAUGUUCUCCACGAGCACGGGCUCUUCCAAGGGCGCCUUGGAGAAGUACAUCGAUGUGUACAAUUCGCAUCGCAAUUUCGAGAACGACAUCUGCCAGGCUCUUCAUGAAGGCGAGAUUCCUCUCAACUUGACUCUCAUCGCUGGCGCAACCAAGAUCCCUGCCAUCACAACCCUCAACUGGGCACCUGAAUCACCACGGACCUACAACAUCACCGUGCAAGACUCUACGCGAAUCGCAUGCUGUCCCGAUGCCAGAGUCGCAGAAGGCAAAGGCGCCACAUGCGCGUAUCCUCGAGAAGCCAUCAUACCAGGAACGGGGUGCGUCUGUGGUACAACUGCUGGAGGCGAAGGUAUCGCAUUCGAGUGGACCGAGUGCGGGAACUUUGCAGGCACUUGCGAGGCCGAUGGAGAUUGCGGCGACGGAUAUGUUUGCUUGACAGGAAGUUGCUGUGGUGGGGGAGUUUGUGUUGAUGCGUAUGCUUGUUCGGAGAAUGGGACAGCUUUGGUACAGUUCGAUGGUGGGUUCUAG